GAAAUAUCCGAAAAGCAAAAGAAAUAUCCGGCGCUGAGUACGCUGACCGCGGAAUUUGGGUGUACCAAAUCGACAGAUUCAUUGACCAGUGAGCACAACGGGGUAGACGACGUUCUUGGCUUUGUCAAUUUUACGCCCCCAGCCCGAAUUGGCAGCGCUGCGAGACCUUUUUGUCCUCUCCCGUUUCCUCCGCUUUCUUUCUCUGUGCCGUCCACGUUCUGCAGAAGCCAGCGGGCAACCUCCUCUCGGGGGAGAAGGAGAAAAGGAAUUGACAUUAACGAGCAUAUGAGAUAAAAGGGUUGUUUGGGAAGUCGGCGGAAUGGAGAAAUUGUUCGAUAAGGUAAGAAACUUGGAUGCUUACCCGAAAGUCAAUGAAGAUUUCUACAGCCGUUCUCUCUCAGGCGGUCUCAUCACCCUCGUCUCCUCGACCGUCAUGCUCCUACUUUUCUUCUCUGAGUUUAGAUUAUACCUACAUACUGUGACUGAGACUAGGCUUAUUGUUGACACGUCAAGAGGAGAAAAAUUACAUAUCAAUUUUGAUGUGACCUUUCCAGCCAUCCGGUGUUCAUUGCUUAGUGUAGAUGCCAUGGAUAUCAGCGGGGAACAACAUCUUGACAUAAGACAUGAUAUAUUCAAGAAAAGAAUUGAUUCACACGGUAAUGUUAUUGAAGUCAGACAAGAAGGAAUCGGUGCUCCUAAGGUUGAAAGGCCUUUACAAAGACACGGUGGCAGGCUAGAGCAUAAUGAGACAUACUGUGGUUCUUGCUUUGGUGCAGAAAUGUCAGAUGAUGAAUGUUGUAAUUCAUGUGAAGAAGUUCGUGAAGCAUACAGAAAAAAAGGAUGGGCAAUCUCAAAUACAGAUUUAAUAGAUCAGUGUAAAAGGGAAGGCCUCAUCCAAAAGGUUAAAGAUGAAGAAGGUGAAGGAUGCAACAUCCAUGGAUCUCUAGAGGUCAAUAAGGUUGCUGGGAAUUUUCAUUUUUCCCCCGGAAAAAGUUUUCAUCACUCAAAUGUUCAUUUGAGUGAUUUGCUUGCUCUUCAGACAGAUAGCUAUAAUAUAAGCCAUACGAUAAACAAGUUAGCUUUUGGAGCAUCUAUUCCUGGGGUUGUAAAUCCACUUGAUAGGGCGCAUUGGGUGCAGGAAACACCAAAUGGGAUGUACCAAUAUUUUCUUAAGGUGGUUCCUACAAUGUACACAAACAUCAGAGGCCACAAGAUUGACUCAAACCAGUUCUCAGUGACCGAGCAUUAUAAAAGUGCAGAGUUUGGUCACUUCAAUGCACAUCCCGGGGUUUUCUUCUUUUAUGAUCUUUCACCUAUCAAGGUGACCUUCACAGAGGAGCAUGUUUCUUUCCUUCAUUUCCUCACAAAUAUAUGUGCGAUUAUUGGCGGUAUCUUCACAAUUGCAGGGCUAGUUGAUUCGUUCAUUUACCAUGGUCAAAGAGCACUAAAGAAGAAAAUGGAGCUUGGAAAGUUCAGCUAAGGUGCCUCUAAAACUGGUUUCCUUGCACUGGAAGCAGUUCUUUGACUUAGAUUCACAUGUUCUGUAUUGCAUCUACUUAUUUUGACAGUGAACCAGAUUUAUUUCACUCUUCUCUUCGAUAAGCUGUAAUUUUUUAUUUAAUAUUUUGAAUCUGAUUAAAUGGUUACUGUGGGAAUUGGAAGACUAAUUCUUGACUAAUGCAAAGGAAAACUCUGUUUGUCAAAAA